CGCAGCAAAGGCCGUAAGUAUGGAGAAUAUUAUGGUGAGAAUUUGUUGUUAGCUUUAGCCAUCUUGUUUAAAUUCAGUUAAUGUUUAAACUGAGUCUUUUUUGUUUUUUUGAUUUGCCAAUCAUGCUUAGAUAGAAGUAUAUAGUAGAUCAUUCCCAACUUUUCCGAGUCCUAUAUGCAAGUUUUGCUUAUUUUUUUCUCUCCCAUAUAAUCUCUGGAAAUACGGUUAUUUUUCUUCAAGUCAGGAAGGAGCUGCUUUUGUUUAUACUUUAGCAGAUGGAAUUGUCGGAGAUUGGUUUGGAGGCUUCCUAUAUUCAGCUGGACAACAGGCUAACGAAGCUGUUUAGGGCCAACUAUCGGCUCUCAGUUUUACUAGGUGAAAGCUUCUAUUCAAGAGGCUUGUUUGUGAAAUUGCUCAGUACUUCAAGCUCCUGUUAUAAGUGGGGAACGGCUGAAAAAGUAUGUUUUUCACAAAAUAUAUACGGAGAUGCCAGACGGACAGUUCUGCAUCAUUUACAUGCACAGUACAGUGCAGAAAGAGGACAACAAUCCUGGCAUAACGAUCUUGAGGUGGAUCUAUGAAGAACUUCCCCCUGCCUGUAAGGAUAGGCUACAAGUUGUGUACUUCAUUCAUCCAGGGCUCCGCUCGAGACUGGUCUUUGCCACACUUGGCCGUUUCUUUUUAAGUGG